CUGUGAAACAUCGAAUCUGACUUCUACAAAAAAAUUGUUUUGUUAGUUACGGUGUCAUACCUCAAGUUAUUACUUUUCCACCAUACAUUUUUUUAAAGUAACUUUUACGGUUGUUUUCUGCAGAUUAAUGGUUUGCGGUCUUUGUCCAUGACCAGUUUUAGUUGUUGUCCUGUUUCUUUCUUUCAGGCGUAGAAGAAAUGCGCAUUUUUCGUCUAUUUUCUUCCUUUGCACCCGGGAAUUUUCCAAAAUGAGCGACCACGAUACGAUUAGGCAUCCUGAUUGCUCAAAUGAUGUCUUGGUUCACUUUGCAGAAUCUCUGCACAUAUUUACAGGAUUAUUGACAGUGGCCACUGUAUGUGGUUUUUUUUCUGGAAUCAUAGCUGCAGCCGUUCUGUAUGUGUUUUGCCUGAAGCCUAUGCUUCUAACUCGACAAGGCUAUGAUGCCAAAAGACUGUUUGAGGGAGACGACCAGGAUAGGGAGAACAACCACAGUGACUGUGUCAGUAACAGCAAGAAGGGUGUCCAAAGUGCCACUACCAUUGAAAAAGAAAAGAAGCAGCCACCCGUGAACAGCGAUGUGGCUGCUUUUGCAUCACGGGCAAAGGUGGUGUACCCCAUCAACCAGAAAUACAGACCCUUAGCGGAUGGAGCCUCCAACCCCUCACUGCACGAGCACUCCAAGCUGCCUGUCCUCCCCAAUGGAGAGUCCUCGUCGGGCUGUAGCGGGGAUUCACUGAGCCAGGACCAGGACAACGACGACAGCAGCCAGUUCAUCUCCUCCUCACUGGUCCCGAAGAGUCUGCAGAACGAGAGCUUCACCAGGGUGGCCCUCUACCCCCACACGCUCUCUCAAACAGGUUUUGAGGGCAGGAUCAGCCUGUAUUGUCUGGCUCUGCAGGAUGUGCAGAUACACUGUUCACAGGUCCUGGAAGAGAAAUGUGUGCUCUUUCUCCAAAUUCUCAGAAUUAUACUCAGCGGUCGUUUUCCCAAGGAUAAAAAGGAUUCAGCUUUUUUCACCAAUGUACUUCUCCUGCAAGAAAAGGAACUGGGUUUAUUAAAGAAAGAACUGUCAGCCAGCCUGUUUUCCUGUGAGAGAAACAAAGAUCUAAGUUCAGAUCCUUGUACCCUGGAGGAGAUUGAAAGAACUCAGAAAGAUCUACUGGAGCACGCGCUUCAAAUGACCAAGGGCUUUAGCAAGCAGGUGGAGGCCUUCUGCCAAAGCAUCCUGGGCAGGUCCAGUGUUCUCCCCAGAGAUGAGGCCCAGGAUGUCAUCCACACCCUUAUCCAAUGUCUCCUAUUGGUGGAAAACCAGCUAACUGAGACUCAGGCGGCAGACAUGAAGAGGACCCAGGAGAAGCUGCUGUGGUGGGAGGAGCUGAGGGGUGUGCUGCAGGCCAAGCCGGCCCUGCUACGGCAGGAGGUGUCCCUCAGACAGGACCUGGUGGCCCGAGGCCUGGAGCAGCUGACCAGUGACGGCCACCUGACCUUCGCCACCAUGGAGAAGACCCUGGCCGAGCUGCAGACUGCCCUGGCCGAGGGGCUGCAGCACUGCAGCGAAGAAUGCAGGAUAAAGACCAAGGAGAUUGUGUAUGAAAAGUGCAAGAAGAUCGACUCCAAGAAAAAUAAACUCCUGAGGACUCACGCAAAGGAGAGAAGCCGUGUCCUGGAUUCUGCACAGACGCACAGCGACCUACAGGAAUUUGUGAAGGUGUAUCAGGAGCUGCUUCUGAAGCAGAGGAAGCAGAGCAGUGACUUGGAGCUGCAGCAGGAUGGGAGAGUGGCAGAGGCAGUGUGUGAUCUUUGGAGGAGGCAUCAUGCCACCUGGUCCAAGAAGCUUGGAGAGCUGGCCAAAGACAUCUUCCUAUCUGCUCUCCAUGCUCAGCCCCAGUUGUCCACAAACCAAGGCCAGAGGCUAUGGCUGGAUCUAGAUGGUGACCUGGUUGCACUGCUGCAGCAGGCAGAGUCCAAUACCAAACGGCAACUGGAGGGUGUACAUGCUCAAUUGGAGCAAGAUGGACAGGUAUGGUGUGAGGAAGCAGCCCUGGUGCUGGCCUGCCUCAGACACCUAGGUGAACAGCAGCUGAAGAUCCUUAGAGGCAUGGUGGUCAGACAGAGCUACGUGCUUAACAGCCAUGUGGGGAUGUUGAUUGAGAAGAAACAGCACCUCCUGCUGGUGGCGGUGCAGAGGCACUUUGUGGCCAGACACUUCUGUCUGAGGGUCUUGAAGGAGAUGAGGUUGUCCAAGCUCAAGGUGCUGUCUCAGAGUGACUUCAGGGCCCUGCUGGCUCUAGAGGACCACACCCAGACCACAGUCAGACCAACGCUCCCCAAAGCCCGGCAUCAGGAAUCCAGUGCCAGUGUUGCCGAGAGGCACCUGGGCCUGGAGACACUGCUGAUUGGCCACAGCUUCCAGCAGGAGUUCCUGUCGGAGCUAGAGACGGGAGCGGAGCUCCUGCAGGCCAACGCCCAGCAGCUGGUGGGCCACGCCCUCAGCCAGAGCCUCUGGCAGCAGAUGGACCAGGCCCCUCCCACUAGGCCCCAGCCUGACAACGGCAGGAAGAGCCAGUUGACGGAGGUAGCGUCAGAGAGUGUCUACGUGACCCGGGAUUCCCUCAGUGCUAUGGUCACCAGCUACUACUCUCAGAUCCAGGACAUCACCAAGGGCCUUCAGCAGCAACACCCUAACAAGGCCAGAGAGGAGUGUGAACGACGAGAGAGCAGCUCUCAGAUGAACAAGGCCAUGCUAAAGGAGCUGGCCAACUGGGGGAGGAAGCCCAUGUCCACCGAGUUUCAUCAGAGGGUUGAACUGCAGAAGAAGAGGAUGUUGGAACAGUAUGACUUGGAGCAGGAGGUUGCAUGUGAAACUCUGAGGAGAAGGAAGUUAGCCCAGGAACAAACCAUGGAGCGAAUCAAAGGACAGUUACAGGAGGCAGAAGAGGCCUUCAUAGCUAAACUAUCUGCCUUAGCUCGGAUCCCAUUACCCGGCAAAGAGCUCAACACUGACGAUGACAUCAUAGGGGAUGAGGGGAGUCCAACAUUGAAUCCAACAUUGUGGAAGAGGCGAGAGAGGCGGGAGCAUGAAACUCUGCUCACCAAUCCAACACUUUUAUUUUCAUGACAGGGAGUGUGCAACUGCGCACUUUAGGAGAAGGGUAGAUGAUUGGAACACAACUAUGUUUAUUACCACCUGCUCUGCAACGCUUGCAGUUAGCCACCGAUUCCUUCCAAACCCCUCAUUGAUGAGGUGAGAUUUCCGACUUGUUGUGUAAUGUUCAUGUGUAAUGAGAAUUUCGUUAUCAAUGUUCAUAAACUUCAAUUAAUCUACUCAGUCUGCAAGCCAGAGUUUGUAAGAUUCUGGUUGAAUGAAACAGACAAGAGUCUGUUUAUUCACCAGAGUACUCUAAAAUCAAAAAUGCAAACCCAGUCUUUAUAACACACACAAACAAGUUCAAAUCUUAAGCUACGCCUUGCUCAGACAGUCGGUGGUUUUCCAUGACACAGAUACAUUGUUUAAUCUGCAACAUGUUUCAUCAUUUUCUGCAAGCCUAACAGUUUCUCUCCUCGACGGGUGGAGACAGAAUGUCCUGUAAGGAACACAGUAUUACAACUUGUCUGUCGAUAGCUCCUCUUAUAAUUUGUUUCCCACGUGCAUCCUGCUUACAUACUAAAGAGGAACAAAAGGUCCUUGUUCUAAUUCUGUCACGCGGGACUAGGUGGGUGCAGGAAUCAGGCGCAGAGAGAGUUCCACGGGGGGUAUAGUGCUCUUUAAUAAGGCACACACAAAAUAUAAGCCCAACAAAUACAGGGCGCGGACAUAUAACGUGACAACCCAAAAACCACAGGGUGUCAAGUGAAAGAAAGAAAAUACACCUCAGCCUACAAUGCACACACGUAACAAAAUAAAGACAAUCCCGCACAAAAAAAGGGCGGGUCUACCUACUAAAUACAGGGACGCUCAUUAACCGAAAACAACAGAAACACAGGUGAAACUAAUAAGAAAAAAACAACCAGACAAAUGAAAAAGGGAUCGGUGGCGGCUAGUAGGACGGUGACGACGACCGCCGAGCACCGCCAGAACAGGCAGGGGAGCGAACUUCGGUGGAAGUCGUGACAAAUUCUGACUAAAACUACACACAUCAUCAGAUUAUAGUUUUAUGAUUCUAAUAAAUUUCAUACAAUUAUAUGGUUUCAGGGUGGAAUAUUUUUUGUCAUUAUCUUAACAUUACCUUAAACAUAUAAAUAUUUUAGUCAUUAUCUUACAAUCCCUUAAACAUAUAAACACAUAUAAACAUAGUCAUUAUCUUACAAUACCUUAAACAUAUAAAUCAUAUGAAUUUCUAUCAUAUCAUCAUGUCAAAUGGCCAAUGAUCACCAAUACAUUUUAUCUAUAAUUUACCUUCAUAUGACAAGGAUUGAAAAGGAUUUGCCAGUUCAUUGUCGACUUGAUUCAUGAUGAUGACCGGUUGUCUAGCUUGCUAGCUACGAUUUUGACCUGAUCAGUCCAAUCAAAGCUACAGUAUAUAUAACGUACGGCCCAAUACAUCACUGGGGCCACGCUUCCUGCCGUCCAGGACCUAAACUCAGCAAAAAAAGAAACGUCCUCUCACUGUCAACUGCAUUGAUUUUCAGCAAACUUAACAUGUGUAAAUAUUUGUAUGAACAUAACAAGAUUCAACAACUGACACAAACUGAACAAGUUCCACAGACAUGUGACUAACAGAAAUGGAAUUAUGUGUCCCUGAACAAAGGGGAGGUCAAAAUCAAAAGUAACAGUCAGUAUCUGGUGUGGCCACCAGCUGCAUUAAGUACUGCAGUGCAUCUCCUCCUCAUGGACUGCACCAGAUUUGCCAGUUCUUGCUGUGAGAUGUUACCCCACACUUCCACCAAGGCACCUGCAAGUUCUCUGACAUUUCUGGGGGAAGGGCCCUAGCCCUCACCCUCUGAUCCAACAGGUCCCAGACGUGCUCAAUGGGAUUGAGAUCCGGGCUCUUUGCUGGCCAUGGCAGAACACUGACAUUCCAGUCUUGCAGGAAAUCACACACAGAACGAGCGGUAUGGCUGGUGGCAUUGUCAUGCUUGAGGGUCAUAUCAGGAUGAGCCUACAGGAAGGGCACCACAUGAGGGAGGAGGAUGUCUUCCCUGUAACGCACAGUGUUGAGAUUGCCUGCAAUGACAACAAGCUCAGUCCAAUGAUGCUGUGACACUCCGCCCCAGACCAUGACGGACCCUCCACCUCCAAAUCGAUCCCGCUCCAGAGUACAGGCCUCGGAGUAACGCUCAUUCCUUCGACGAUAAACGCGAAUCCGACCAUCACCCCUGGUGAGACAAUACCGUGACUCGUCAGCGAAGAGCACUUUUUGCCAGUCCUGUCUGGUCCUGCGAUGGUGGGUUUGUGCCCAUAGGUGACGUUGUUGCCGGUGAUGUCUGGUGAGGACCUGCCUUACAACAGGCCUACAAGCCCUCAGUCCAGCCUCUCAGCCUAUUGCGGACAGUAUGAGUACUGAUGGAGGGAUUGUGCGUUCCUGGUGUAACUCGGGCAGUUGUUGUUGCCAUCCUGUACCUGUCCCGCAGGUGUGAUGUUUGGAUGUACCGAUCCUGUGCAGGUGUUACACGUGGUAUGCCACUGCGAAGACGAUCAGCUGUCCGUCCUGUCUCCCUGUAGCCUUGUCUUAGGCGUCUCACAGUACGGGCAUUGCAAUUUAUUGCCCUGGCCACAUCUGCAGUCCUCCUGCUUCCUUGCAGCAUGCCUAAGGCAUGUUCACGCAGAUGAGCAGGGACCCUGGGCAUCUUUCUUUGGUGUUUUUCAGAGUCAGUAGAAAGGCCUCUUUAGUGUCCUAAGUUUUCAUAACUGACCUUAAUUGCCUACCGCCUGUAAGCUGUUAGUGUCUUAUCGACCGUUCCACAGGUACAUGUUCAUUAAUUGUUUAUGGUUCAUUGAACAAGCAUCGGAAACAGUGUUUAAACCCUUUACAAUGAAGAUCUGUGAAGUUAUUUGGAAUUUUACAAACUAUCUUUGAAAGACAGGGUCCUGAAAAAGGGACAUUUAUUUUUUUGCUGAGUUUAUAUACUAGGCGGUGUCAGUGGAAGGCCCAAAAAAUUGUCAAAAACUCCAGUCACCCAAGUCAUAGACUGUUCUCUCUGCUGCCGCACGGCAAGCAGUGCCGGAGCUCCAAGUCUAGAUCCAAAUGAAUCAAAUGGACACUCGGACUAACAAUUAAUCAAAUGGCCACCCGGCCACCUACAUGUACAAAUGACCUCGACUAACAUGUACCCCUUGUGGUGGUUCAUUUCUUUACUAUCAAAUGAGGAGAGACAAACUUAUCACACAAGUCAGAGUUAUACUUAAACUAAACCUUUAAUAGUGAGAGCUUUGCAAGAGUGAUGGCUGGUCGACAAAUCACCGUCUCUUUGAUGAUUCGUUGAGAGCCCCGAGACAAAGGUACAAAGGUCUUUUAUAGCCAAGAUACACCCCUUCAACCUACAUGAACAACAGGUACAUAGAAUGGGUCACAAGGUUAAGAAUUGUAUGAAAGAUACCUAUAAUACAUAUCAGACAGUAUCUGCUGUGUCAACAGUUUUCAUUGUAUCACCAGUGUCUGGCCCUCCGACUCCAAAGUGGAACCAUCUCUCCCUGGUACGGUAUAGAACAGAAACAUUAAGUCAUGCUCUGGAAUGCUCUUUAGGUUUUAUCACCCAAAAGACAUCAUAAAUCUCCUGUCCAUGUUAUCUCCCAGAGGCCCAUCCUCAGUAGAACACACACACACAAUAGUUAACAGAAUACUCUAUUCUGUUGAAUAAAAGAUCCAUUUGAUGCAAUAAAAGCAUUAUAACAUAAUCUUGCAAUUUUGCCACCAUACCCUGCUCACAGACUCGGUACCCCCUGUUUAUAGCCUCGUUAUUGUUAUGUAAUCUUAUUGGGUUACUUUUUUUUAUAUAUUUUUUUUUACGUUAGUGUAUUUAGCAAAUCUGUUCUUAACUCUAGUUCUUCAACUGCUUUGUUGGUUAAGGGUUUGUAAGUAAGCAUUUUACGGUAAGGUUGUAUUCGGCGUAUGUGACAAAUAAAAUUUUAUUUGAUUUUA